AUGGGGACCACCAAGCAGAGAGAUUUCAGGUUCUGCAUAGACAGAGGCGGCACCUUCACCGACGUGUACGCCGAGGUUCCCGAUGGUUCCCCCCCAUCGGAGGGCAAAAAGUCCAGCUUCCGCACGCUCAAGCUGCUUUCGGAGGAUCCCGCCAACUACGAAAGCGCUCCGAGAGAGGGGAUACGGCGCAUCCUCGAGGAGGUGACGGGCGAGACGAUCCCGCGCGACGCGCCCGUGCCCACCGACCGCAUCGAGUGGAUCCGCAUGGGCACGACGGUCGCGACGAACGCGCUGCUGGAGCGCGAGGGCGCUCGAUCCGCGCUCGUGGUCACCGAGGGGUUCGGUGACCUCCUCGCCAUCGGAAACCAGGCGAGGCCCGACAUCUUCGACCUCGAGAUCAAGCGACCGAGCCGGCUGUACGAGCGGGUGGUGGAGGCGGCCGAGCGCGUGAGGCUCUUUUCCGGGGUUGACGGAGGAGGUUCUUCAGAGUCCGAGGCUACUACGGAGGGACUCAAAAUCGUGACCGGGGUGACGGGCGAGGCGAUGCUGGUGGAGCGUCCACUGGACGUGGAGUCGCUCCGUCCCAAGCUCCAGGCCUUGCUGGACGAGGGGAUACGCUCGCUCGCGGUGGUGCUGAUGCACUCGUACGCGUUCCCCGACCACGAAGCGGCGGUUGGGAAGUUGGCUGCCGAGAUGGGCUUCACGCAAGUCAGCCUGUCCUCGGCGCUCGUGCCCAUGGUUCGCGCGGUACCCCGCGGCCACACCGCGAGCGUCGACUCGUACCUCACGCCGUGCAUCCGCGAGUACCUCGACACGUUCCUCCGGGGUUUCGACGACGGCCUGAGGGACGGGGUGAAGGUGAGCUUCAUGCAGUCAGACGGCGGCCUCACGCCGGCGGAGCGCUUCACGGGGUACAAGGCGAUUCUCUCGGGUCCCGCGGGCGGUGUCGUCGGGUACGCGAUCACCACCAGGGCGGAGACCACCCAACCGGUCAUCGGGUUCGACAUGGGGGGCACGUCCACGGACGUCUCCAGGUUCGACGCGACGUACGAGCAGGUGACCGAGACGGAGACGGCGGGGGUGACGGUGCAGGCGCCGCAGCUGGACAUCAACACCGUCGCCGCGGGGGGAGGAUCGAGGCUCACGUUCAGGUCAGGGACUUUCAGGGUCGGACCGGAGUCUGUUGGAUCCCAGCCCGGGCCGGUGUGCUACAGGAAAGGCGGCGCGAACCUCGCGGUGACGGACGCCAACCUGCUGCUGGGCAGGGUCCUGCCGGAGUACUUUCCCAAGAUUUUUGGCGCCGACGAGGAUGAGCCCCUGGACGCGGCGUCGACGCGAUCGGCGUUCGAGGCUGAGGCCCAAAAGAUCAACCGGGAGCUGGGCCUCACGGGCACGGACCAGGAGAUGAGCGUCGAGGAGGUGGCGCUGGGAUACGUCAAGGUUGCCAACGAGGCCAUGUGCCGACCCAUCCGCCAAAUCACGGAGAGCAAAGGUUUCGACACGGCGUCGCACGUCCUCGCCGCGUUUGGCGGAGCCGGACCCCAGCACGCGUGCGCCAUCGCCAGAUCCCUCGGCAUGUCCACGGUGUUUGUUCACAGGUUUUGCGGCAUCCUGUCCGCGUACGGCAUGGGAUUGGCGGACGUGGUCGCCGAGACGCAGCGGCCGUUUGCGGGCUCGUACCCGAUGAUUGGCGGAGGAGUUAAAGGAGUUAACCCAGCCCCCGCGGACGCGAGAGCCGCCGCGGACGAACUCGCCGAACGUUGCCUUUUGGAGCUCGUCUCGCAGGGUUUCGAUCGCGAAGAAGAGUGCGAGUGCGAGGUUUUCCUCAACCUCAGGUACGAGGGCACGGAUACGGCGAUCAUGGUCCCCGAGCCGGAGGAUGGCGAUUUCGCGAGGGCGUUUGGCGAGAGGUUCGAGCGGGAGUACGGCUUCAAGCUCGUCGGCCGGGACCUUCUCAUAGACGACGUGCGCGUGCGUGGGAUUGGCAAGUCCACGUUGCUUCAGCGCGUGAAGAUCCCUAAUCUUAGCGAGGGGAAGUUCCCUGGGAAUCUCCCGGACCCUGAUUCCGUCGCGCGGGUGUACUUUGAGGGUGGAUGGAGGGAGGCGCCGGUGUUCUUGUUGGAGCAGCUCGGAGCCGGCGCUUUGCUGGAGGGACCGUGCGUGGUCAUGAACGGAACCGCGACGUGCAUCAUCGAGCCCGGCUGCGUCGCCGAGGUGACCGAGUACGGCGACCUCAAGAUUGCCGUGGAUGUGGUCAAAGAUGAGAAAUCCAAAGACGACGAGAAAUCCACCGAGGUGGUCCUCGACUCGUCCAAAAAGGACCAAAAAGACUCGUCCAAGAUCCCCGACGCCGUGCAGCUGUCCAUCUUCAACAACCGGUUCAUGGGCAUCGCCGAGCAGAUGGGUCGCACGCUGCAGCGCACCAGCGUCAGCACCAACAUCAAGGAGCGUCUGGACUUUUCCUGCGCGUUGUUCGGCCCGGACGGGGGCCUGGUGGCGAACGCGCCUCACGUCCCGGUGCAUCUAGGCGCGAUGAGCGAGACGGUCCGAUGGCAGCUGAAGCAUUGGGCCGAGAACGGGGGACUCGACGAGGGGGACGUUCUGGUCACCAAUCACCCGAGGGCGGGGGGCAGCCACCUCCCCGACAUAACCGUCGUCACUCCGGUGUUUAGAAACGGCGAGCUCGUGUUCUUGGUCGCGUCCAGAGGUCACCACGCGGACGUGGGCGGGAUCACCCCCGGAUCCAUGCCCCCGUUUUCCCGAACAAUCGCGGACGAGGGCGCGGCUAUCGAGGCGUUCAAGCUCGUGCGCGGGGGAACGUACGACGAGGAGGGUAUCACCGCCCUGCUCACGUCCCCGAGCACGGGUUCCCCCGGGACGCGCAAGCUGGCCGAUAACCUGAGCGACCUGAACGCGCAGGUGGCAGCCAACCGGCGCGGCAUCGGUUUGAUCCAAGAGCUCAUGGACGAGUGGGGGGAGCGGACGGUGACGGACUACAUGGGCCACGUGCAGGACAACGCGGAGCUCGCCGUGAGGGACAUGCUCAGGGAGGCGGCGGAGCGACUCGCGUCCCGCUUUGGGACCGUGCCGGGUGACCCGAGCAAGGUUGCCCUAGCCGCCGAGGACAAGAUGGACGACGGGAGCGUCGUGCGACUGACGCUCACGCUGGACCGGACGGAGGGCGGCGCGGUGUUUGAUUUCACCGGAACGGGCGGCGAGGUUCUCGGAAACUGGAACGCGCCGCCCGCGGUGACGUGCGCGGCCGUGAUCUAUUGCGUCAGGUGCCUCGUCAAUCAGGAGAUCCCGCUAAACCAGGGAUGCCUGAAGCCCAUCGAGAUCAUCAUCCCGGAGGGGAGUUUCCUGUCGCCCUCGGAGACGGCGGCGGUUGUGGGCGGCAACGUGCUCACCUCCCAGCGCGUCACCGACGUCUGCCUCGCCGCGUUCGAGGCGUGCGCCAACUCGCAGGGGUGCAUGAACAACCUCACCUUCGGCGAUGACACCUUCGGGUACUACGAGACCAUCGCGGGCGGCGCGGGCGCCGGGCCCGCAUGGGACGGCGCAUCCGGCGUGCAGUGCCACAUGACAAACACCCGCAUCACCGAUCCGGAAAUUCUGGAGCGAAGGUAUCCGGUGGUGCUCAGGCGGUUCUCGCUGCGUCGCGGGUCGGGCGGUGCCGGCGAGCACGCGGGGGGCGAUGGCGUCGUGAGGGAGAUCGAGUUCCUGAGGCCGGUGACGGUGUCGGUGCUGACGGAGCGGCGCGUGUUCGCGCCGAGGGGAAUGAACGGCGGCGAGGACGGCUUAAUGGGACGCAACACGCUGAUGCGCGCCCUCGACGGCAAAGAGGUGAACCUGGGGAACAAGAACAGCGUGAAGGUUCGCGCGGGAGAUCUGUUGAGGAUCGCGACGCCGGGAGGAGGCGGGUUCGGUGCCAAGCCCAAGGAGAAGUGA